AUGGCAUCCGCUAGCCGCCUCCCGUUGCUUCAACAGUUGUACUACCACGUUGCCCUGCCUCGCGAUAUCCCCGGCAAAGAAGAUGGAAACCUCAACACCAUCGAAGCUUCUUUGCUCCAGCGUGUCCUGGACGCCGUUGUAAAGAUCACUCCCUGCGUUGCUGCAGAUGUGCAGCCUUACAUCCACGGGCUGCGCGACACGCUGCAAGCAUGUCAGAUACUCAACGUGAAUGGCACCAUCGGCAAGUCCGCACUGAUCAAAGAAUUCCGCCGCCUUGACCAAUACAAGAUGCUUGUGCUCCAUGUUGCACCUCAAAAUUGUGGCCUACUCAUAUACCAUCAAGUUGGCACCGCAAAUGAGCCCUGUGUCGUUUUCGAGGCUUUUGAGGCAUCCGCAACUGCCGAAAAGAUACUAGCAGCAACCGGUGCACUACAAUGGGACUUUCCUGGUUCGGCCGUCUCCAUCCCCACGUCCAAGUUCAACGAGGAGCCAUUCCAAGAUGCCCUCGCAACCUUCCUCGAGCAGGCAAGCAGUGAGGCUAUUACCAAGUUUGCCGCUGUCACCUGGAAAACCGCCGUGAAGCUACCGGAGAUUCGGGAUACUAGCGAUCCUGCGCUCAUCUCUGGUCUGCUCAUGACCAUACUGGAAGCCAAUGGUACUGCAACUUCCGUACCGCGACUGCGUAAGCGAGUUCGGGACACUGUCAACUUUGACAACGCUCGGAAACCAUGGAGAAGGUCUGCCUUCUAUCUGGCCCUGCGAGUGGCCAUACAGAGGUAUCUAUAUCGUCACUUAGGUGCCGAAAAGGGCAGAAAUUACUACAAGACAAUCAUUUGCAUACUCCACGCACAGCUUCUAGAGGACGGACUCAAAAAGGUACCUCUCGAAGCAGCCUACUUUCUACGUCAGAAGCUGGGACGCCGCCUCGCGAAGCUGAGCUCCGAUCUCCAUGACUUCACUGACCUACUGCCUGGUGCCCAACCCCGCAUCCCGCUGUCUUUGGAAAAGGAUUUUGAAACAACGCUGGCGACGACGGGUGCAUACUUGAAGCAUGUUUGGCGAAACUUUAGACAAUCACGGGAACGUGUUGUUCCCAUUUUGCGCCAAUACGCCAACAGUAACGAGGCCCAGUUAUGUCUGAACAGCAGCAGGAGGAUUCUCAAAGAACUUUCAGCAGAGCAUCGGUCAUUCUCAACACGGCAAGAGCGAAGCGCCGCCGAGCUCUUGGACUCCUACUGGGAGUCUGAAACCUCAAAAAAGCCUUACAUGAAAGCUCUUUCCAACCUAAUUUCUGCAUCUCAGUACCACGAGGAUUCUGUAAUACCUGCGAAACUCUCGAUGAAGCCUGAAGGUCCUUGUGUCAUUGAACUGAGCAAGACCAUCCAAGAGUACGUUCGCAUGAUGUGUACAAACAACCAAUCGUACCCCUACCAGAAGAGCCAGCAGUUGCUUCACCUCAUGGAAAUAUGGGUUCUCAUGGACAGGGCUGCAGCAACAUGCUACCCAUUACUUCUAGAGUAUCACUGUGGCUUUCAUUCCGAUAUACUUGACCCCAUUGAGUUGUUAACGCUCGAAGAAAUGGUCCGAGCCCAAGAGGUCAGGCGAUACUUGGUAGCUCGAAACCCCUCACACCCAAAGAUGCGGAGCAGUACGAUAUUCGACGAUCCUUCUGAUGACUGCUUUGCCGUACGUUUUUACGAUAGCGAGGGUGAUGAAGGUGAGCUUUCAACGAUGCGCCAAGAAAUUGAAGACGAAGCCCAAAUCGCACUCCAGGACAAGCAGGAAGAAUGGGAGGAAAUGAGCGCAAAGUACGAACAAAAGACUCUCCAGCUCAGCGAGAAGGAGUGUAUCUACGACGCGGUCAUGGACUGGGAUCUCCGUGUGGCUGGCUCGCGCCACAGGCUACCCUGCGAGUGGCACAACCUUCACCAUGAGUUGAAGAACAUGAGGAUCCGCAUCUUUGAACACCCUCUUCCGAGCUAUGAACCUGCUGCCAAAGCAGCCAUCUUUGAGCUUCAGUGUCCUGAAGUAUUCGCUAGCUAUCGCGAUGCUACCUGGCUUAUCCUUUCUAGCUUAUGCCAUCAGCCAAUGCAGCAGCUAAAACGCGUAUCACUCAUUCGCGAAUACUCUCAGAUUCGGCCCUACGCAAAUCAAACCAGCUGCCAUGUGACAUUGGCAUCUGAAAAAAAGGCCCAUCUAGAAUCUCACUACGCCACUUGGGGCUUCCCGAUUGCGCUAGAAGAGAUCAUUCGCACUUGUGGCCUGAAGCCUAGAUACUACGACAGUGCUGGCGCCGUCUGGACAGAUCGACCCGGGAAGGCUUCGUUUUGGCAUCACUUCCCCGUGAAACUUGCACCCACCUCGCCCUUCUCCACCCUUGGACUAGAGUAUGCUACAUGGCCGACAUCGAAUCAAAUUCAAGCAAGCCAAGCGAGAUGUCCCCAAGGGCUGGGGAUCCAUGAGUUCAUGGCUUUUCAAGGUCUUUUGGUGGGAACCCAUUCUCGCUGGAUUGAUCUUCUCAGGGAAUUGGGUGCAACAAAUCUCAACUUCUCUUCCGAGUCAACGUGGGUGGCGGUGGUACGUCUAGUAUUUCAGCAAGGACCGAGCUCCGACAAAUUCUCUGAGUAUACAGACAUGCAUAACGCGCUACUAGAUGACAGCCUUUCGACUGCACUUUUGAAGGAGGUUCGCUACCGUCUGGAAGCUAUCCAGCGGAACUGGAGGGAGCCUAUCCAAAUGGAUAUCUUGAUUACGAUAUUGCUCAAAGUUACAUCCCUCACUAAAAGCGCAGAAGUUGUACGGCACGGCAUGGACCUCCUUCAUAAGGCUCGCCAUAUAAUUGACGGCUGGCGAAGAGAGCUGCAGAUGAUUAUCAUGGAAGAUCCCAAUGUUCUGCAGUCGGCCAUAUGGGCUUCACUUUUAUGCAGACGGACGCUGCACACAGACGCCCAUCCGUUGGAGAACGCAGAGGACCUUGGAAUGUACCUGGAUGCAUCCAUCUCUCUUCAUUACAAUCUCGCUGAAGAUUUCGAAUCCAUGCCCUACAGCCUCCGCAAUGCCAUCGUCCAAGACGUCAUGUUCGCCUACGACAAUCGCGAUCGAGUGAAAGACACUCUUCUCUCGUGCCCUCAGAUAUUCAUCGCAUCGCUGAAAGCCGUUUGGCCCAUUCCCGACAACUUUGACUGCACCGGACUAAAGUUGGAGAGCAUUCCUGAUACCUGGUGGAUGUCGCUCUCGCUGAGGUCUACCACUGAUCAGUAUCACUACUUUGUGCACUACAACUACCUGUAUGGUACCCUCUUGAUAGACGGGAAAGAGAUGGGUAUGUUGCCGUUGUCGUAUCGCACACACCCGACCUUUCGGCACCUCUUCGGCACCAAAAACCCGAUCGUCUACCCUUCUCCGAUACGGGAUAUGGAAUUCGUUCUAUGCGAGACUAUCCGCAAUCACCACAGAAUUCAUCUUGCGUACCGCAAAGAUCGACUCGUCGUCCGUGCGGAUCAGGACGGUAACUUUCUGCAGUUCAUUCCUCAGGAAAUAUUCAAACCUGAUCUCCCCAUGCCACUGGUCGAGAAUUGCUACCACUGGCUUCACCUUUGUACUGGCGAUGUUGAAAUUCGUCAGAAAGAUCCGUGGAAGUUCAAGUUGAAUAAUUGGUGGCUACGAAAGUUCACUUCCGGACAGUACCAGGCCAUUCGACACUUUAAAGAAGAGUCACAAACAGUACUCCUUGAGCCAAAAGGCUUGUUUGUCAACAGCAUCGCUCGUAUUUUCGGCCGCUUCGAGUUCCCGUCACAGAUUAUUGUGUUCGCUUCCAAUGAUGGUCGCGUAACAGUGGAGUUAAAGCGCAUGGAACUGGGCUUUUUUGUCAACUCCAGAGGGUUGUUAGAAUCGUCGCGACUCGGUGCUAUCAUCCCACAGAAUCAGGAUUGUGGAACUUGGUACGGCCUAAGCAACAAAAUUCUAAUUCAAUCCACCACCAAUUACCGCCAGAGGAGCAUAUUGGUUCCUUUGGGAGACUUCAAAGUUUCGCGAGACGAACUACAUGUGUGCGUUGACAUUGCGAUGGGCGGAGGCGAAUACCUCAAAUAUGGAAUCAACGACACCUUGGGUCGCAUUGACUGCGCUCCUGAGCCGCGCCUGUUACACCUCAAGGCUCUUUUACAUGCCUAUACGUCGCAUGUUAUAGCUGAUCCACUUACUGGUCGAACAGGGACUGAGGAAGCCCUUUUUCUAUUGCACACUGCAGCCUACCAGCCCUGGAACCCGCUGCCUGUUCAAGGAGCAGAUAUCCUCAAGCGCAUUGCAGAGCUAUCGCCAGAGCGUGCAUACUACCCGAAAGAAGCCAAGUGCAUGGAAACGGUGCUUUGGAGUACUGCAUACACGAUCUCUAUGCAAGACGAUCGUUAUGUCACUGUAAUCGCUCGGAUAUUACAAAGAUCUUCGGAUCUUUCCCAGUUUUCUCUCAAUCAGCCGGUUCAAGAAUGUCUUGAGAUAUCGGAAGAAGCCGUACAUCUCGGUGCGCGUGCCCUUACGAGAUGUAAUGGCUCCAAACAGAAGCACGACUAUCAGGACGCCAUCUACAAUUCGCGAGAUACUCACGUGUAUUCACAGGAGCGCCUGAAUGUGCUCGAGAUAUCGAAUUUGCUGUUAAGCUGGCAGCCUUCCUGCACCAUCGAGACUUCAUUGGCUGCCCUUCUACAUGAUGCUCCGGUUGUGGGUGGCUACGACAAGCUCUACCGGAAAGCUCUCCUCAGUGAUCACCUCACAGUAGACGUCCGAGCCGAAUGGGGGGGACUGGUGCAGAAGUCGCUGCAAUGCAACUCGUGUGACAGAUUCAGCCUCAUGUUUCUUUUCAGUGCAAUGGCGUUUUCGUCUGACGCGAAUCUGAACCUGCUCCGUGUUCUGGUCUCUUUCGCCAUGCUACCAGAAGUACGCAACAUACCUGCACCAAAACACUCUGCUUGCUUCCAUUUCCGCGCGGAUGGGGCACCCCCAACGUCAUAUCUCGUGUCCUUGAUGAUCAAAGCACGGAUUCCCUUCUCAGAAACUGGGUUCAAGAAACGCUCGCAACUAGUCAAAGCAGAAACGUUACACGGGCCAAAUGUCGACAGGGCAUGCGAACUGAUGGCCGCCUCGAUUCUAGAGCAAUGGCCCUCUACAGAGAUCGACCCGCGGCAACUGGUUUCAAUUGACCCGGCACAUCUAAAUAUUGAGCGCGCCUUAGCCGACAUCGCUCCAGAAUGGACUCGCCUUUCACAGAAUCAUGAGUUAUUCUUGUAUCUGGAAAAGGUCCAGGAAGUUCUUUCUCGGGUUGCUCUACGGGUAUCAGGUAAUCAGCCAUUGCUGCCACCUCGCAUGAUAACUGAGCCACUACCCUCUUCUGUGUAUCCCGAGCGUUCUAGAGCUGGGGAUGAUAUGACACUUUCGAAGUUGCUCAGGGCCCAGAUUCCCUAUAAAACUGUAGCCAAAAUGAGCUCGUCGGCUGUUGUAGGGACAUACGCUGGAGCCCUCAGCAGCAGGUCUGUUAAUGUCAUUCAUGGCUCAAACAACUACCAUCAUCGCUUUGACACCGGAGGAGAGAAGAGUGUGCAUGCCAAGGAGAUUGCUUCGCAGCCACAAGAGGUCCAGAUGCUCCGAGAAGUCGUUGCGAAGUUCAAGGACCCAUCCUCAUUCGUUCAGUGCAGAUAUGCAACGGAGCUCGAUGCGAGCAUCGACGCGCUGAAGGAUCAUAUGAUGAGCAAGAAACAGGAACCAUACCGCGUAUGUUAUCAUGUUGCCAAGGAAAACAUACAAGCAGCAAAGGACUUUGCUACUGCAGCGGCCGAACAUGUCCGAUGUGCUCUUCAAGCUGCCGACCCGCAAGCAAAAUGGCUUCAGAUGGUCGAUCUCUGGCCAAGUAUGACAUCCAUAGACUUACUUACUCAAUUGCGCGAGUCCUUGGCUAUCGAAUUUGGGAGAGGCGCGAAAGAGGCACUUGUCGGUUUUGGCAUUGCAAUAACCAAUUUGCAGCAACUAUUUCGCAUUCAGGAUGCACAGCGGAGAAGGAAAGAGCAACAGGAGAAGGAUGAGUGGUCUAACAAAGGACACACCAACUGGAAUCCACUAGAGCAUCCCGACUGGCUAUUACUGGAGAUUGAUGGCGACAUUCUCCUCCGAGAAGAGCAAGUUGACGUGGCUCUGGCAACCGUUUCACCUCAGUCAGGUCGGAAUUCCGUCUUGCAACUUCUCAUGGGCAAGGGAAAGACCUCUUGCAUCCUCCCUAUGGUAGCCGCUCUUCUCGCCAAUAAAGCAGACUUGGCUCGCGUCGUUGUACCAAGGGCUCUCUUACUUCAGACUGCGCAAGCAAUGCAAGCCAAGCUUGGGGGCUUGGUAAAUCGCGAGACACCGACAAAUGAUCUCUUGAUCGGCCUCUAUGGAAACAUGCACACACAGCUGCGCGACCGCCGUGGUAUUCUUCUCACAUUGCCUGAGCACAUUCUUUCGUUCAAGCUGAGCGGACUGCAGCAGCUGUGUGACGGGAACCUCGAAGCGGCGUCCAAGAUAAUGGAGAUCCAGCUUUGGCUCGAUCAGUAUUCCCGAGAUAUUUUGGACGAGUGCGACGUCUCCUUAGCGAUAAGGACGCAACUCAUCUAUCCUUCUGGAACACAGUCAACUGUGGACGGGCACCCAAUGCGUUGGCAAGCUAUCCAGGCUGUUCUUCAUCUCGUAAAGGAUUUCUCGUCAACAGUCCAAUCGCGAUAUCCCCGCAGUAUCGAGAUUGUACAUCGCGGCAUAGACGGGUUCCCUCUCAUCUAUUUCUUGCGCAAAGAUGCUGAAGACUUCCUUCUCCGCCUUCUCGUCUCGAUUAUAUGCAAAGGACAAGCCACAUCGAUCCUGCCUUGCGCUGAAUAUCCCCUCGCUAUGCGAAAAGAUUUAGAGACCUAUAUCUCCAGCCCGAAUGUCCGCGGUCACAUAGUCUCCAGAAUCUCCGAUGCCUUCCAGGAUAAACCGGCACUCAUGAAGACGGUCAAUCUGCUGCGUGGCUUGUUUGUACACCGUAUACUGCUCACCACCCUAAAGAAACGAUGGAACGUACAGUAUGGACUGCAUCCGACACGUGUGCCUAUUGCAGUACCAUAUUUGGCCAAGGGCGUGGCAUCUCCUACUGCUGAAUGGGGGCAUCCUGAUGUUGCCAUCACUUUGACAUGUUUAUCGUUCUACUACGAAGGACUCAGCUUUUCUCAGUUCAAAGAGGCUUUUGAACACCUCGCCAAGACCGAUGAACCGAGCAUACAGUAUGAGAAAUGGUUUCCAAAAGGAUGGCGUAUACCAAGAGAGCUUGAUGAUUAUGGAGCUAUAAAUCCUGAAGACAUGCGACAGUUGAGCGAGCUGUACCAAGUGGUGCGCCACAGUGCUUGUUUGAUCGACUUCUACUUAAACAACUUUGUCUUUCCAAAAUACGCAAAGACGUUCAGACUGAAGCUCCAGGCCUCUGGAUGGAAUCUUUUCCCGUCAAUUGCAACCAAGGCAAAGAGGACUGGGGCCCGUGUCACUGGAUUCUCAGGCACCAAUGAUUCCCGACACCAGCUUCCACUUUUGAUUCAGCAGCAAGACCUCCCGAAGCUGGCGCACACAAACGCAGAAGUUCCAUAUUACCUCCUAGCACCUCGCAAUCAGUCCUAUGUCCGUAUGGCCUUUCCGGGAGGCACUCGCUGGACUGAGAAAGACUUGAUGGGGAAUCUGGCGCACCCUUAUCAUCACACUCACCCCAAGGAGCAUUACAGGAUAUUCCAUGGCACGAAUGGCUUCCUGAGCUCUGAGUCACAUCCACGUAUCCGCAUCCUUAUCGAUGCUGGUGCUCAAGUAUUGGAACAUUCUAACAAAGAUUUUGCUCGAGCCUGGUUAGAAGAAGAUCACGAAGCGGCAGCGGCAGUUUAUUUCGACGAUGAUCACCGCGUGUGGGUGCUAUAUCGUACGAAUAAGCGUAUUCCUCUGGUCGCAUCUCCUUUUGCCGAUAAUCUUGAGCGAUGUGUAGUGUACUUGGACGAGAGUCAUUGUCGGGGAACUGACCUCAAGUUCCCACCUCACGCAAGGGCUGCACUCACUCUUGGCCAACAUCUGACAAAGGAUGCACUGGUACAGGCAGCCAUGCGACUGCGCUUACUUGGACAAACUCAGUCGGUUACUUUCUUCUCGCCCCCAGAAGUGCACCAAGGCAUACUCGAUCGACUGGGGGAAACUAGAGAUUUCUACCAUCCAACAUCCGGCGACGUACUGCAGUGGGUCUUUGGUCAAACAUGCGAUAUCAUGGAGCAAUCCGAACCUUCGUUCUUUGCUCAGACGUCACAUUACUUGCAGCAAGAGCAAGCUCGGUUUGAACACCCUGAUUACCUGCGCGACUCCUUGUCCCGAGAUAUGUUCCUGUCCAAAGUUCGUACCAAAGAAACCCUCUCGCUGAAGCAGCUUUACCAGCCCAAGAGCCAGCGUCAGAACGGUACUUCCAAGAUAUCCACAUGGCAUCCGCGUCUGGAAGGAAUCUUUCAAGAGCUUCAGGAUCGAAAAAAGCACUUCCAGGAUCGCGGUACUGCUGUCCAUGCAUCAGCCCUGGAGGAGGUGGAAAUCGAGCAGGAACGUGAAGCAGAAUGCGAGGUCGAAGUCGAAGUCGAACAUGUGCGCGAAGUACAACAAGCCCUACUAUUCCAGGCGUACAAAGUGAAGAAGCUCCACGAAGACAUUGCCCAUUUCGCCACUUUCGGAUGGCUGGUUGCUGGAAGUGAUGCCUACCGACCUAUGUUCUCGCAGCUCGCACGGACCGAACUGGGCCUAAAGCAUACUGUCAAUCCUUCAAUGAAAUCCGGCCUAUGGAUCUCAGCCCAAUUCAGUCGUACGGUUGACACGGUUGAGCCUAACGACAACUUUAUCCGGCCCUCACAGUGGAUUCUCUGGAGCUCACUGAGUCAGCAAGCUCUGCUAGUUAGUCCGGAGGAGGCAAACGAGCUGAUACAAGUGCUGCGAUGUCUGCAGUCGGCAGAGGCGAACAGCAAGGUCCAUCUCAUCGUUUACGCUGCGCCAGUCACGCGUAGGAUGCUCCAUUUCAACCAACUCAACUACUACGCGAUUCCCACCUUGCCGGCCGACUUUUCUGCUCCUGUUUGGCUUAGGGUAGAGUUGGGUCUAUUUUCCGGACGCUUGUAUCUCGAAUGGGAUGAGUACUGCGAGCUACUCGGAUACUUGGGACUUUCCAAAGACUUGUCUCGGCACCCUGAGAAACCCGCCUUUGCAACGAAGCCGCUGACGUUCCUCCACGAGUGGAUCACUCUACGUCGCAAAGGCCAAGACUUUGAGCACACGCCCAUGGGCUUCAUCACCACCGGCAAGCCACUAACGGAUAACCACCCUUUCUUCCGCACGCUGUCCAAUGACGAAGAUCCUGCGCUUCGUCCACAAAUUGCACGACAUGCUCCUGGCUACGCGCAGGAAGAGCAGGAUGACGAUGACCACGACGAUCAGGCUGAUGAGGAGUUUGCUCCUGCUGCCGAGCAAAUCGAUGACUCGAGUGACGACGAGCCGUUUGUCCAUGCUGAGGAUGGAGAGUAG